GCGGGUUCAGCACCACAGACAGCUCCGCACAGAGGAAUCUGCUCUGUGCAGAUUCAUACAGCUCUCCUGCUCAUUGCACCAUUGACUACACCGCUCUGUGCUGGGCACCCUUUACUCUUCACACACACUUCCAUCCCCCUGGCAGUUAUUUCCCCUCCGGCAGGCACUCAUCUUUAUUUGGCUGUUUAUUUCUAUGCUCCUGUCCAAGGGAUUCAACAGCAUCACUAGCAUCAGCUGCCAUCCCACUUCUGUCUGCACUUCUCCAGGGUUGGGAUGGCAUCUCCUGGCUCUGGAUUUUGGUCCUUAGGGGGAGAAGAAGGGAACAGUGAAUCAGACAACCUAGGCGCAGCAAAAGCAUGGUGCCAGGUUGCUCAAAAAUUUACUGGGGGAAUCAGUUCAAAAUUAUGUGCUAUGCUUUAUGGAGAGGGGGAAAAACCCAAAGAGUCCACUAACAAAGAGGAAAUGUGCACCGGUGACCAAGGAUUUGAAUCAAGCUAUAACAAAAAAGUAUGCAGCUGCGACAAGGACGAAAUGAACUUCUCUUUAUUAUACUCAACAGACCUCUUUCCUGCCAAAAAUGGAGAGACAGAAACAAUGCGUUUCUUACAACAAGUUAUAGACAUUUUAUUGCAAUAUGUGGUGAACACCUUUGACAGAUCGACUAAGGUGAUUGAUUUUCACUAUCCCAAUGAGCUUCUUCAGUCAUAUAACUGGGAACUGUCUGACCAGCCACAAAGUUUAGAGGGGAUUCUGCUUAACUGCAAAACCACCUUAAAAUAUGCUGUUAAAACAGGACAUCCAAGAUAUUUUAACCAACUCUCAACUGGUCUGGACAUGGUUGGGAUGGCAGCAGACUGGUUGACCUCAACUGCAAACACCAACAUGUUCACCUAUGAAAUUGCUCCUGUAUUUGUAUUGUUGGAAUAUGUCACCCUAAAGAAAAUGAGAGAGAUGAUUGGCUGGCCUGGAGGCAGCGGUGAUGGAAUAUUCUCACCAGGUGGUGCCAUAUCUAACUUGUAUGCUAUGUUGAUUGCACGUUUCAAGAUGUUCCCAGAAGUUAAAGAGAAAGGAAUGGCUGCAAUCCCGAGACUGGUUGCCUUCACCUCAGAGCACAGCCACUUUUCAGUAAAGAAGGGAGCUGCUGCCUUGGGUAUUGGCACCGACAGUGUGAUCCUUAUCAAGUGCGAUGAAAGGGGGAAAAUGAUCCCAUCAGAUCUUGAAAGGAGAAUCAUCGAAGCCAAGCAGAAAGGAUUUGUUCCAUUUUUUGUCAGUUCUACAGCAGGUACCACUGUUUAUGGUGCUUUUGACCCUCUUGUUGCAAUCUCUGAUGUCUGCAAAAAAUACAAGAUAUGGAUGCAUGUUGAUGCUGCAUGGGGUGGAGGACUGCUAAUGUCAAGAAAACACAGAUGGAAGUUGAACGGUGCUGACAGAGCUAAUUCUGUGACAUGGAACCCACACAAAAUGAUGGGCGUUCCUCUUCAGUGUUCUGCUCUUUUGGUUCGAGAAGAGGGAUUGAUGCAGAGCUGCAAUCAGAUGCAUGCAUCGUACCUCUUCCAGCAGGAUAAGCACUAUGACCUCUCUUAUGACACCGGAGACAAGGCCUUGCAAUGUGGACGUCAUGUGGAUAUUUUCAAGUUAUGGCUUAUGUGGAGAGCAAAGGGGACAACAGGAUUUGAAGCUCAGAUCGAUAAAUGCUUAGAUCUUGCAGAAUACCUGUAUAAUAAAAUAAAGAAUCGAGAAGGAUAUGAAAUGGUCAUUGAUGGAAAGCCUCAACAUACAAAUGUUUGCUUCUGGUAUAUACCACCCAGCCUGAGACACAUGGAGGACAACGAGGAAAGAAUGGAAAGACUUAUAAAGGUUGCCCCUGUGAUCAAAGCCAGAAUGAUGGAAUAUGGAACAACCAUGGUCAGUUACCAGCCCCACGGAGACAAAGUCAACUUCUUCCGUAUGGUCAUCUCCAAUCCAGCAGCCAGUCAUCAAGAUAUCGAUUUCCUCAUCGAAGAAAUUGAGCGCCUCGGACAGGAUUUAUAGGGAGAUCCUUAGGGUUGUCGGAGGUUUUAGGUACACCAUAGAAUUGUCAGAGCUGUGUGAAUGUAUUCGUAUUGCGUUACAAAGUAAUUAUAUAUUGUGCUGUAAAAACUUGAGUAUACAGUAGUCGUAUUUGAAGAACAGUUACUCCAUAGUUUUG